UCCCUCUUCUUCUCUCAGUCUGAAAUUAAAACAGGCAAGACACAUUCAAAGCUGUUCCUGGCUGUCUCUCCUCUCUUUUUUUCCCCUUUCUCCCAUUUCCCCCUAGAUUUCUACCCAACCCCUCUAUCUCUUUCUCUAUCCCCCUUUUCUGCCUUUCUGUUACCCUACCUUCUUUUUUUGGCAUUUAUGUAUUGUGUGUGAGAGUGUGUGUCUGCGUGUGAUAGAAAAGACGCAGAGAGCCCUACAGAAGGUGCAAGGAGGGGGAAAAAAAGAAAACGGUUAAAGGGGCAAGUAGAACACUAUCUCCAUUGCAUCUCAACCCCUGUCACUCAGGACUGAACAGUGUCUGUCCCCAACUAAAGCCAAGAAGCACUGCAGAUCCGGGAUCCCAUGCAGACAUGGCUGUAACCUGCACUCGCUUCACAGAUGAGUACCAGCUUUAUGAAGAGAUUGGCAAGGGAGCAUUCUCGGUGGUCAGACGCUGUGUAAAGCUUUGCACAGGCCAUGAAUAUGCAGCAAAGAUAAUAAACACCAAGAAGCUCUCAGCAAGAGAUCAUCAAAAACUUGAACGGGAAGCUCGGAUUUGUCGCCUCUUGAAGCACCCAAAUAUUGUGCGGCUCCAUGACAGUAUAUCAGAGGAAGGCUUCCACUAUCUCAUCUUUGACUUGGUCACAGGAGGAGAGUUAUUCGAAGAUAUUGUUGCAAGAGAAUAUUACAGUGAAGCAGAUGCAAGUCACUGUCUCCAUCAGAUAUUAGAAAGUGUUUGUUUCACACACUCCUGUGAUAUUGUACACAGGGACCUCAAGCCAGAAAACCUUCUCCUCGCCAGCAAAUGCAAAGGAGCCGCAGUCAAGCUGGCAGACUUUGGCUUGGCCAUAGAAGUGCAAGGAGAGCAACAGGCUUGGUUUGGAUUUGCUGGAACUCCAGGGUACCUGUCUCCAGAGGUUCUGCGAAAGGAAGCGUACGGCAAACCAGUAGAUAUUUGGGCAUGUGGUGUUAUUCUUUACAUCCUUUUGGUUGGUUACCCACCAUUUUGGGAUGAAGAUCAGCACAAGCUGUACCAGCAGAUCAAAGCAGGAGCAUAUGAUUUUCCAUCUCCAGAAUGGGACACGGUGACCCCUGAAGCCAAGAACCUCAUUAACCAGAUGCUGACCAUUAACCCAGCCAAACGCAUUACAGCACAUGAAGCUCUCAAACACCCAUGGGUCUGCCAACGUUCCACUGUUGCCUCCAUGAUGCACAGACAGGAGACAGUAGAAUGCCUGAAGAAAUUCAAUGCUCGUCGGAAGCUAAAGGGGGCCAUCCUCACGACAAUGCUGGCCACUAGGAACUUCUCUGUGGGCAGACAGACCACAGCUCCUGCCUCAAUCACCACAGCCGCCACUAGUACAGCCUUGGGGUUGGUGGAACAAGCAGCCAAGAGUUUACUGAAUAAGAAGACAGAUGUUGGAAAGCCUCAGACAAACAGCACCAAGAAUAGCGCUGGAGUGACCAGUCCAAAGGGACCCAUUCCUCCGGCAGCACUGGAGACUCAAACCACAGUAAUUCAUAACCUGGUGGACGGGAUAAAGGAGUCAUCAGACAGUACACAUACAAACCCCGAGGAUGAAGAAAUGAAAGUGAUGAAGUUCUCAGACAUAUUAAGCUCAGUGAGAAGGGGCUCGGGGGCCCUGGAAGCUGAGGGACCCCAAGCAGCGAUUGCUCAGCAGCCCCUUUCCCCAUCCUUCCCCCACUCACCUCUCGCACAGCCUGCUAGAUUUUCAGAUAUAUUUAACACAGUCAGACGAGGCUCAGAAGCAGAGGGAGUGCAGUAUUCCAACACGCAGCAUCGGCUCUCCCAGCCUCACCUAAACUCUCCGUUUGUACAGCCUCGGAAACAGGAGAUCAUUAAAAUUACAGAGCAACUGAUUGAAGCAGUGAAUAAUGGGGACUUUGAGGCCUAUGCGAAAAUCUGUGAUCCUGGACUGACCACGUUUGAGCCGGAAGCUCUUGGUAACCUGGUAGAAGGGAUAGACUUUCACCGUUUUUACUUCGAAAACCUGCUGUCCAAAAACAACAAGCCAAUCCACACGACCAUCCUGAAUCCUCACGUCCAUGUAGUAGGAGAGGAUGCUGCUUGUAUCGCUUACAUUCGUCUGACACAGUAUAUCGACACACAGGGACGGCCUCGCACUAGUCAGUCUGAGGAAACCCGUGUCUGGCAUCGUCGUGAUGGCAAAUGGCAGAAUGUGCAUUUCCACUGUUCAGGGGCUCCCGUAGCACCCCUCCAGUGAUGGUUUCAGUAAUGACCUUCUGGCUUCACCAGAGAAGAGGAAGUGCCAGAGACUUUUGGCUCCGCCGCUCAGAGAGUUCCAGCGGCGAGGAAAAGCACGUGACCGCAUGCUUGUGCCGUUCCUUUCCGUCCCUCCUCCCCCCCGACCCCUCCAAAUCCAGACUCUUCUAUUCUUGCCUCCCUCAACCACCUCAAUUGCCCACAUUCCCCAGAUAUCCACUGUCUGGACCUAUGGAGACUAAAAUGCAGCAAAAGGACAGGAUAAGGUCUUGGUGAUAGGUUUUCCCUUUGAUCAUUUUUGCUAUGAAGCUGAAGAGAAGGAGGCUCAUGUAUGGCCCUCCUUUAGCAAUGAGUGGGGUAACAAUACUCAUUGACCUGUUGCAGAAAAAAAAUAUUGACCUAAGCCACCUUUUUGCUUUUGUUUUGGCUUUUUUUGGGGGGGUGGAGGGAUUGUCUGAAAUCUUGAGGGGUGGGGGGAAAGAACCGUGACCUUCCUGUGGAGCAGUUUCUUCCCAUGUGUUUGCGCGUCCAACGUGAAAUGAGUUGUCCACACAGAACAAUGAGUAAACAAAAAAAAAGGAAUCACAAAAAAAAAAUCAAACAAAAAACUAAAAAAAGAAAAAAAUUGAAAAAAAAUUAUAUUUUUAAAAUUCAUUUCCACAAAGACGUGUUCCUGGGGCCACCGCUGCUGCCCCUUUUAUGUUGUUAAUUUUUGUUUCCGGAAUGCAAAAAAAAAAAAAAAUUUAAAAAAGUUGUAUAUUCUAAGAUAUGACUCACAACCCCUAUUCUGUUGCACCCCAUAAACGAUGAUAUGAUCCAUUUUCUGCAGUGGAAGAGCCAGUCCUAAAGCAUGACCGGCGCAUUUUAUGGAGUGUGCUUAAUGUCUGCCCAUUUUCAACCAAGGCCUUUCUCCUCUGACAUGUGGGGGUCUCUAUAAAGGAUUCAUCACAUCGUAAUCCUGAAAUAAUGCACACACAGGGACUUCUUGCACCAAACCCCAGAAUUUUUAUGACGGACCCUUGCAAAAAUGUAGGGUUUUCAGAAUGAUAUUUUCAGAACUACUUGUUCCUAGGGUAGUGUACUUUUUGUACUAUAGCAUUUUUGCUGAAAGAUUUGGAUUUAUAGGAUUUCCUGUGUUUGUAAAGUGGGAUUGUGUAACCCAAGGAUAAUUUUGGCAUAGUGCAUAUUCUUCAGGAAAGCACUAUAUUCCCAUCCAUGUGCUGGGAACAAGCAGAUCAUCACAUCUUUGGGGCUUGUGAGGACUGGAAGUAUCAUCUUGUUUUAGUAUCUGAUCUUUUGAGAUCAGGGUGAAUAGAAGGGCAGUGCUCUCUGCAGAAUCUCAUAAUGAGACAGAAGUGUGUAGAAUUCAUCCCCCAACAGGAAUUAAGAAAGCCCUGAAUUCAGUGGGUUCCGAGCAGUGACCCCAAGGGAGAGGAGAGGCUAAUCUUCAGCCUGAUUUGUUUUAAUUUGUUGCUGUUUCAUUUUCUGCAUGCCCUUUGAAAAGAAAUCCUAUAAAUAGAUAUAUAUACAUAAAUCUAUAUAUAUAUAUAAGAGAUAACAAGAUGACAGCUUGUUCGUUUUAUGAAUGCCAGUGGUUUUUUUUUUUUUGCUGCUGUCUUCCUUUAUAUUUCUGUUUCCUGUCUUUCUCUUUCACUCUUUAUUUUCUGAGCCUUGUGAGUGUUAUAAGAGGACACAAAAAGAGCAGAAACAAGAUCUUCCUCUUGAACUGUUUCAAAUUAUUGCAGAUUAAAAAGAAAAACCAAACCCUG